GAGAGGGAGAUUACGGCGGCGCGUGAGAACAUGACAGCACGGGAAAGUGCUUCAUUUACACCGACAAAACUCCCCGGAGACUUCGAAGCACCGGGAGGAUAUUAACCGUCCAUCUGGACAUGUCGGUGAACUGUCGGACACAGUUUUAAUACUAUCUCCACGCGUAAACAAUGCGCGCGUUUAAUCUGGAGAGCUGAGAAAGCGGACUUUUUAUGAUUUUAAUCAGUCUAUUGAGCUGUCAGCUAGAAGUUAAUGAGAGUUUGUAGUGCGGGAUGUCCACCCCGGCGCAUGCGGAGACCCGGAGGUUCACCCGCGGGCUCAGUAAACCGGGAACGGCGGCGGAGCUGCGGCAGAGCGUAUCAGAGGCGGUCCGGGGAUCCGUGCUGGUGCUGAAGCCGCGUGUGGUGGAGCCGCUGGACUAUGAGAAUGUGCUGGUGCAGAGGAAAACUCAGAUCCUCAGUGAUGGACUCCGAGACAUGCUGCAGUUUCCCCUGGAGGACUUUCAGGUUUGUACACUGCCACGUCAGAUCCGGACGUUGUACCCCUCCAUACCUGCACACGCGCUCCGAGACGCUCAGAGUCUGUUUGUGCAAGAGUGCAUCAAGUCCUACAUAUCAGACUGGCAUGUGGUCAGCUACAGAUAUGAGGAUUACUCUGGAGACUUCCGGCAGCUCCCCAGCAAAGUGUCCAGACCUGAUCAUUUACCACAGCAUGUGUUUGAGGUGGAUGAAGACGUGGAUAAAGACGAGGACACAGCAUCUCUGGGCUCUCAGAAGGGUGGUCUGAUAAAGCAGGGCUGGCUUCAUAAAGGAAACGUCAACAGCGCCAUCAGCGUCACCAUGAGGUCUUUCAAAAGGAGAUAUUUCCAGCUGUCGCAGCUGAGCGACGGAUCCUACAACCUCAACUUCUACAAGGACGAGAAGAUCAACAAAGAGCCCAAAGGAACCAUCUUCCUGGACUCCUGCAUGGGGGUGGUGCAGAACAAUCGCGUGCGCAGGUUUGCGUUCGAGCUGAAGAUGCAGGAUAAGAGCGCGUAUGUUCUGGCUGCGGACUCAGAGGGCGAGAUGGACGAGUGGAUCAACACGCUCAACAAAAUCCUCAACAGCAGCUUCGAGCUCGCCAUGCAGGACAAGAGGAACGGAGACCUGCACGACGAUGAUGAACAAUCGAAGAGCGAUCACUCCUCCAGCAGUAUGGACAGUUUUCAGAGCGCCAAAGACAUCGAGAGCAAGAUGAGGAACGAGACACGAUUGAAACUCUUCACACUGGACCCAGAGCUGCAGAAACUGGACUUCUCCGGGAUCGAGCCUGAUGUAAAACCCUUCGAGGAGAAGUUUGGCAAGCGGAUCUUAGUGAACUGCAACGAUCUGUCCUUCAACCUGCAGAGCUGCGUGGCGGAGAAUGAAGAGGGGCCGACCACUAACGUGGAGCCGUUCUUCGUGUCUCUGUCUCUGUUUGACAUCCAGAGCGGCCGUAAGAUCUCGUCAGAUUUCCACGUGGACAUGAACCAUCCGUCAGUGAAGGCUCUGCUGGGUAAUUCAGAAGCAGAGACUCCGCAACCCAGAGAAAACAACCCAGCAGAGAGCGCUGUUCACUACCCACGCCAGGGAGUGUUUUCCGUGACCUGUCCGCAUCCUGACAUCUUCCUAGUGGCUCGGAUAGAGAAGGUUCUACAGGGAGGAAUCACACACUGCGCUGAGCCGUACAUGAAGAGCUCAGACUCUGCUAAGGCGGCUCAGAAGGUCUUGAAGAACGCUAAGAUGGCCUGCAGUCGUCUGGGUCAGUACCGAAUGCCGUUUGCGUGGGCCGCCAGGGCGGUGUUUAAGGACGCGUCGGGGACAGUGGACAAGAGCGCUCGUUUCUCUGCUCUGUACAGGCAGGACGGGAACAAACUCACCAAUGAGGACGUGUUCAAGCUUCUGGCGGACUUCAAGAAGCCAGAAAAGAUGGCCAAGCUGCCUGUGAUUCUGGGUAAUUUGGAUGUUACGGUUGAUAACGUCGCUCCAGAUCUGCCUAAUUGUGUCACGCCGUCCUAUUUUCCUCUGCGUCAGAUGGAUGGAUUGGAGCGGGGCCGGCUGGUGUUUGAGGUGGAGGAGUUUGUGCCGUCCAUCGCUAAAUGCUCUCAGCCUUUCACCGUUUACAACAAUCACCUGUACGUUUAUCCACGACAGCUGAAAUACGACGGCCAGAAGACCUUCACCAAGGCUCGAAACAUUGCUCUGUGUGUGGAAUUCAGAGAUUCAGAUGAAGAGGAUGCUCUGCCACUGAAGUGUAUAUACGGGCGUCCCGGCGGGCCGCUGUUCUGCAAGAAAGCGUUUGCUGCAGUGUUACACCAUCAGCAGAACCCAGAGUUUUAUGAGGAGUUUAAGCUGGAGCUGCCGGUUCAGCUGACGGACAGACAUCAUCUUCUGUUCACACUCUUCCACAUCAGCUGCGAGAGCAACAGCAAAGGCAGCACCAAGAGACGAGAGCAGGUGGAGACGCAAGUGGGUUAUGCGUGGCUGCCGCUGCUAAAGGAUGGUAGAGUGAUCAUGAAUGAGCAGCAGGUGUCAGUGUCUGCAAACCUGCCGUCAGGAUACCUCAGUUACCAGGACAACAGCAGCAAGCAGGCAGGUCAGGAGGUGAAGUGGGUUGAUGGCGGGAGGCCGCUGCUCAAAGUCUUUACACAGCUGGUGUCCACCGUUUACACACAGGAUCAACAUUUGCACAACUUCUUCCAUCACUGUGAGAGUCUCGAGGGUCAGUCAGGAGGAGAGCUGGUCAAAUACCUGAAGAGUCUGCUUGCGAUGGAGGCUCAUGUGAUGGUCAAGUUUUUACCCACGCUGCUGAAUCAGCUGUUUCGGGUGCUCACCAGCUCUGGACAGGACGAUGUUGCUGUCAACGUCACCAGGGUAAUGAUUCACGUGGUGUCUCAAUGUCAUGAGGAGAGUCUGGAGCAUCACCUGCGCUCAUAUGUGAAGUAUGUUUUGAAGACUGAGACUAAUUUGAGCAAUGGGAAAACCGUCCAUGAGGAGCUGGCGAAAGCCAUGACCGCCAUCCUGAAACCCUCCACUGACUUCCUGACCAGCAACAAACUGCUGAAGUACUCCUGGUAUUUCUUUGAGGUUUUGGUCAAGUCUAUGGCUCAGUUCCUGAUAGAGACGGGCAGGAAUAAGGUGUCCAGGAACCAGCGAUUCUCAGCCUCGUUUUAUCACUCUGUGGAGACGCUGGUGACUUUACUGAUGCCUCACAUCACACAGAAAUGCAAGGAUAACCUGGAAGCCACACGAAACGCCAACCACAGCCUUGCCGUCUUCAUCAAGCGUUGCUUUACUUUCAUGGACCGAGGGUUUGUUUUCAAGCAGAUCAACAACUACAUCACCUGCUUCACGCCUGGAGACUCAAAGACGCUGUAUGAGUUUAAGUUUGAGUUUCUGAAGGUGGUCUGCAAUCAUGAGCACUAUAUUCCCCUCAAUCUGCCCAUGCCGUUCGGGAAAGGUCGGAUACAGCGCUUUCAAGAUCUGCAGCUGGAUUACUCUCUGACGGAUGAUUUCUGCAAGAAUCACUUUGUGGUGGGUCUGCUGCUGCGGGAGGUGAGCGCAGCGGUGCAGGAGUGCAGAGACAUCCGGCAGAUCAGCAUAGCGGUGCUCAAAAACCUGAUGAUCAAACACGCUUUCGAUGACCGAUACUGCACCAAGGCUCAGCAGGCUCGUCUGGUGACUCUUUACCUGUCAGUGUUCAGUCUGCUGCUGGAUAACGUGCACAGAUUCAGCAUCAGCACAGAAGCGGCUCCACUCAGUCAGAUCAACAGUAAUGGCCGUGAUGAUCAUUUAAUGACGCCUCACAAGACUGUGGGCAGUCCAGCGGACGGCGGCCUGCAUAAAGAGCUGUUUGGAGUGAUUUCAGGAACAGUGUCUCCGCUCAGCCACAGCUCUGUUCGUCAUACGGACUCGCGCAACUCUCUGAUCAGCACUGACUCUGGAAACGGCCAAUCAGAGCGCAGCAUUGACAAGCCACACCCCCUUGACAAGUGUCACACUGCUGCUGCUGCUGCUGUUCUGGCCGGUUCUUUACUGCGCUCUGAUAAACUGGACCAGUCUGAGGUCAAGAGUGUGUUGAUGUGCUUCCUGCAUGUGCUGAAGAGCAUGUCUGAAGACGCUCUGUUCAACUACUGGAAUAAAGCUUCACCCACAGACCUGAUGAACUUCUUCAGUCUGCUGGAAGUUUGUCUUCAUCAGUUCAGAUACAUGGGAAAGAGACAGAUCGCCAGCAGGACUCUGGAGGGGUUGGGGCCGGUGGCUCAUGAGCGGCGCUCUCAGACUCUGCCAGUGUCCCGCAGCAGGACUGGAGCUUUACACAUGAGACUGCAGCAGCUCAACAGCCUGGACAACUCGUACACAUACAACCACACUUACAGUCAUUCAGAUGCUGAGGUGUUGAAUCAGUGUGUGAUGGAGGGAAAUAUUGCUACAGAAGUUUGUCUGACAGUUCUGGACACGCUGAGCAUCUUCAUCAUGGGCUUUAAGACUCAGCUGAGUUUAGAUCACGGCCACAAUCCCCUGAUGAAGAAAGUCUUCCAGGUUCAUCUGUGCUUUUUACAAAUCAACCAAUCAGAGACGGCCCUCAAACAGGUCUUCACUUCCCUGCGCACCUUCAUCUACAAGUUUCCAUGUACGUUCUUCGAGGGCCGUGCAGACAUGUGUGCGCUCUUCUGCUAUGAGAUCCUGAAGUGCUGUAACUCCAAACUGAGCUCCAUCCGCAGCGACGCCGCGCACCUGCUCUACUUCCUCAUGAAGAGCAACUUCGACUACACCGGACGCAAAUCCUUCGUGCGCACACACCUGCAGGUGGUGAUUGGCGUCAGUCAGCUGAUCGCUGAUGUCAUUGGAAUAGGCGGGACAAGAUUCCAGCAGUCGCUGUCAAUCAUCAACAACUGUGCCAACAGUGACAGAACCAUCAAGAACACAGCGUUUCCGUCUGAUGUGAAAGACCUGACCAAGAAGAUCCGCACGGUGCUGAUGGCCACAGCGCAGAUGAAGGAGCACGAGGGAGACCCGGAGGUUCUGGUGGACCUGCAGUACAGCCUGGCCAAAUCCUACGCCAGCACACCUGAGCUGCGCAAGACCUGGCUGGACAGCAUGGCACGCAUACACGUCAAGAACGGAGACCUGUCUGAGGCAGCCAUGUGUUAUGUUCAUGUAGCAGCGCUGGUGGCCGAGUACCUGAAGAGGAAAGGCAUGUUCAGACAGGGCUGUUCUGCGUUCAGAGUGGUCACACCAAACAUCGAUGAAGAAGCGUCCAUGAUGGAGGACUUGGGCAUGCAGGACGUCCAUUUUAAUGAGGAUGUGCUGAUGGAGCUUCUGGAGGAAUGUGCAGAUGGAUUAUGGAAAGCAGAGCGUUAUGAACUCAUCUCCGACAUCUACAAACUCAUCAUUCCCAUUUAUGAGAAACGCAGAGACUUUGAGAGACUGGCUCAUUUGUACGAAACGCUGCACAGAGCCUACAGUAAAGUGACAGAAGUCAUGCACACAGGCAAGCGUCUGCUGGGCACGUAUUUCAGAGUGGCUUUCUUCGGACAGGGUUUCUUCGAGGAUGAGGAUGGGAAAGAGUACAUUUAUAAGGAGCCCAAAUUCACGCCGCUGUCCGAGAUCUCGCAGAGACUCCUGAAACUCUACUCAGACAAGUUUGGAGCGGAGAAUGUUAAAAUGAUCCAGGAUUCGGGCAAGAUUAACCCAAAGGAUCUGGACUCUAAGUUUGCCUACAUCCAAGUGACCCAUGUGACGCCGUUCCUGGAGGAGAAGGAGAUGCUGGACAGGAAGACAGACUUCGAGAGGAGCCAUAACAUUCGCAGAUUCGUCUUUGAGAUGCCCUUCACUGUGUCCGGCAAAAAACAAGGCGGAGUCGAGGAGCAGUGCAAACGCAGGACCAUACUCACCACCACACACAGUUUCCCAUAUGUGAAGAAGCGGAUCACGGUGAUGUAUCAGCACCAUGUGGAUUUAAACCCCAUUGAGGUGGCUAUUGAUGAGAUGAGCAAGAAGGUUCUGGAGAUCCGACAACUGUGUUCCUGCAGCGGCGUGGACAUGAUACAACUGCAGCUCAAACUACAGGGCAGCAUCAGUGUCCAGGUAAAUGCUGGUCCUCUUGCUUACGCCAGGGCUUUCCUGGAUGAUGCCAGCACUAAGAAAUACCCAGACAACAAAGUCAAACAGCUGAAAGAAGUCUUCCGGCAGUUUGUGGAGGCCUGUGGUCUCGGCUUAGGUGUUAAUGAGCGUCUGAUUAAAGAAGACCAGCAGGAAUAUCACGAUGAGAUGAAGGCCAACUACAGAGAUCUGACUAAAGAGCUGUCGGCCAUCAUGCACGAGCCUAUAACCCCAGUGGAUGAUGGGAUACGCGGUCCUCUUCCAGACUCUCUGCACAUCUUCAAUGCCAUCAGUGGGACGCCCACCUCCGCCAGCAUACAGGGUCUGCCCAACACCUCCUCAGUGGUCUGACCUUUCCCUGACCUCCAGCCUGAGAUGGAGGGUAAAGUCUAGAAGGGAUACAGCUGUGGAUACUCGCAUCAGUAUAGCAAACAUAAUAUUUUUACAUCACUAUAAGACUUGGGGUAGGGAUAGAGGUCAAUAAAAUACAAUUUAAUAGACAAUUUGAUAAAUAAUAUGAAUAAAGCUCUGUAUAGUUACUGUUUAACAUUACUGUGAGGGUUUAGGAUUGGGGUAGAUGUUAAUAAAAUAGAAUUUAAUGGAUAAUUUAAUUAAUAUUAUAAAUAAUUCUCCUUAUUAUUGCUGUUUUUACUUUACUGUGAGGGUUGGGUUUAGGGUUAGAUGUUAAUAAAACACAAUUAUGGGUAAUAUAAAAAACAAUAUAAAUAAUUCUCGUUCACCUCAGCUUCAGCUGUAUCCCUUCUAGCGCAACUGUUUCCUGUGGAGACCGAAUCACACACACACACACACACACACACAUACACACACAAAACAAGCUUUUCUAUAUUUGGAUAUUUUACCACAGUUUUAUCCCAAUUACAAAGUGUAAACAGGAAGUGAUGCGAUCAUUAAAUGAUAUGAGCCACAUUCAGACUCGCGUCCUUCAUGUUAGCACCGCAGCAUGUGUGUUAAGAGCUACGCUAUGACACAUUAUAUACAUUUAUAUAUAUUAUACACAUCCUCUGCUAAUAUAUUAGUUGUUGUGUUUGUUUGUUUGUUUGUUUGUUUGUUGAGUUUUUCUGGCUCAAUCGAUGUGAAUGAAUGGAGUGUGUGUGUGUGUGUGUGUGUGAAAUACACUGAAAACACACACACACACACACUAAAGUUAAACAUAAUGUGCAUCCGUGAUCAUUAUCAGUUAUUUUUAUACUGUGGGACAGAGCUGAAUGUUUUUUAUCUGUAUUUAACAGACUUUAUCUGCUGUAUUUAAACUGAUGAUGUCCCUAAUGCUUUUAAUAAAUCUACAUUUUCAAA